AUGUGCAAGAGGGAAGGGCACUUACAACGAGAUUGUCCGAACCCCGGAUUAACAAGCGAAGAAGGCCGAGAGGAGCCGAUCGGUAAGCAGGGAACCUUAGAUACUCGGGAGCGAAGUCAGAACGACAAAAGGGAGCCGAUGCGAACCGUCGUCAAGACAACCAGCCACAUAGCUGACAACCAGGCUGGACUUGAGCUGCAGAAACGGACCGCUACCAAGACAACGAGACGAACAGCUGACAACCAAGAGGCUACCGAAUUACAGACCCUUUCACAAGAUGAAACGUCGGGCAACACACAGUCAAAGAUUACCCAAUUCAUUCGUAGCGAGCGUCUUAAACAAGCAGACCGGGAUCGAGGUCACACGGAAACCAGCGCUGACGAAUCGAGUGAUGGUGAUAGUCUAGAAGUCGAGACGGAUGAUUGUCCAGAAUCGGAAGUAUCGAUAGAGUCACCCGAGUUGCCGAAGACCAGAUCUCAACUCGCAGCGAAGAAACCAGCUAAGAAAAGAAAACUAAAGGAGAAGAAAUCAAAGAAAAAGUGA